AUGUCGCUCCAUGGCCGUAAGGCAGUGCAGCUUCUCCAGGAUCUUAAACGUGCCCGAUGGUUGCCGCCUUUCAAUGACAAGGUUGUCAAAGAGGUCGCAGAAGAGAUCAACAAUGACUCCAAGGAGAUGGAGCGCUUGGCUGAGCAGGACUCGGAUGAACAACUGGAGCCUGAGUUGCUCGUAGCGCUUUAUCUCUAUGAUGACAUCAUGGAAAGAAACAAACGGUGCCUUUUAGCGUACCUAAAUGCACGGCUUGAUGUGAUCGAGCAGCUGCGUUGGGAGGUUGGCCGAAUGGUGCCUGAAGAGAAGCUGCAAAAGCUCCACGAAGCAGAAAAACAGUAUUUGACCAACUACAAUAACAGCCUGGACAAGUACAUGAAGCGCUAUGUACCAAAUUGCAAGCACCCUCUGGAUCUGACUGCCAACUCAGAGGCUCCCGAGGACACCAACAUCCAGGUGCGAAUGUUGCGAGAUGACCCGCAACUGGAUGGCAUUGUCAGCAAUGACAGUGGGCUGCUGCGUUUGCGCGGUGGCUGUCAGAUGAUGGUGAAGCGCAGCGAUGUAGAACAUCUCUUGCGUAGCGGCAAGGUGCAGCAGGUGAAGACCUGUCGGGGGGACGUGGUCGGUGGCGGCUUCUGA